AAGAGAGUCUUGAAUUUUGAUGUUACUAACUACCGGUACAGUUUUGUAACCUCUAUCAGGAGUGUUACCCUAUUUGUUGAAGAGUGAUUGUUGCAGUUUUUUUCUCAUUUAAAAUUGAAUAAAUUAAAAAUGACGACCAUUAACAAGGACGAGAUCGUGGACGAAGCGAAUUGUUCAGAAACCAAAUUACAUGAAGAGAAAAAAGAGGACGAGGAAGAUGAGGAUUUACGGAAGCUUCUAGUUCCUGACGUACAGAAUCUUCCUCUCACUCCUCCUUCCGCCGUUGAAUCAAACUUCGCCACUUACUUCGCCCCAGAUUUUAUGAAGCCAGGUCACGAUCAGUACGUUUACCGUCACGCCAAUGGCUUGUGUGUGAUCGGGUUGGCUCCAUCCCACGUUGCUUUCAAGGAUGAAGGUGGAAUCACAGCCGUUGAUUUCAAUGUUGGGAAGUCUGAUCGCAGUGGGAUGAAAGUCACUGGAAAGCGGAAGAAGAAUGCACAACACUUUGAGUCCAACACGGCUUUGUGUAAAAUUUCUACCAAAAACGAUACUUAUAUUGUGAGAUGUUGCGUCAAAGGCUCCCUUUUGGAAGUGAAUCAACAAUUGAUCAAGCAGCCAGAACUGCUUAAUGUUUCAGCUGACAGAGAAGGAUACAUUGCUAUUAUCAUGCCAAAACCUGUUGAUUGGCUUAAGGUCAAGGCUUCCCUUGUUAGCCUUCAGGAGUACAAGAAAUUGAAGGAAGUCAGUUGAAUCUAUAAGAAGAAUGGUGUGUCAUAAUGAAAGUGCUUGCCCCAUGUGAUGCUCAUUUAGUGGGGUCCCUCCCAAAUGCUACAAACAGGAUAAAAUUGAAAAAAAUUUAGGUGUAGCAGUAGCAAAUGGUGAGAAAUCUCUUGCUCGGCAGCAUUGGUGCUUGCGAAGUGGCCGGAUGAUCAGAUAAAUCUCUCUUACCUCCACGAGCAUCUAAGAAUCUCAUGAUAUUGGAUCUAAGGGGAGACCACUUUUUAAGUUUUUCUCCUUUAUUUUUUGGUUUGUUAUUUUAUUUCUUCUUUUGAACUAUUUAAGUUGAUAAAAAAAUAAUGAUAUGACUUUUGGUCACUUCUCCAGACUUUUUUCUUAAGAUAAUUACUGGUCAGAAGUGAGUGCUAAAGAUGUUUUCCUUCUCCUUUUUAAU